AUGGCUGGGGUGGCCGGAACUGCGGUUGGAGUCAUCUCCUUAGGCAUCCAGGUCUGCCAGGGUCUCAUCUCCUACUAUCACGCCUACCACGAUCAAGACGAGAAGAUCCGCGACAUCCUCUGCAAUGUUCAAGGGCUCAGCAAUACUCUAGAGGUCGCUCAUGUGUGUCUGAUCAAAGCGAACGCUGCUCGACUUGUUGCGAUAUCUCAGGCUGUGGACAGCAUAAUUGCCUGUGCCGGUGCCAUCCAUAGGCUCGAAAGACUCCUCCAACGAUGUCGCCAAACUGUCUCGCCGACAGGAUAUGCAUCAGAACGCAUUCAGCUCGCACUUCGCAAGGCCGCGUUUCCCUUUCAACAAAGCACAAUCCGAGACUUCUCAGAAACGGUCAAGGGCUUACAGGCCAACGUUUCGCUUGCCCUACAGACUCUGCAGCUGGAAGCUAGCGGCCAUCUCCUCAACGACGCAUCUGAGGUCCUCCGUCAGACGGUUACAACCAGUCACGACAUUUCUCGCAUCGGCCAUGAGCUGAAUGAUCUGUCCGAACAGCUUGGGGCCAGCCGUGGAAUAAUAAAAGAAGUUGCAAGCGAUACCAGUGCCGUUGCUAAGACACUGCGGCGGGAGCUUCCCCUCGUCUCCCUGAAAGCAUCACAGGCUGCAGCCGAGAUAGGUGGACUGCGUCUCUCGAUGUCGUCGGUCGAUCGGCAGAUGACUGUGCUAGGGCAGGAGGUCAAUUCUGGCUUCUCUGGCCUCGAGCAGAGGCUCGACAGUCUUCCUGGAGCAGUUGAACACAAGAUUGUGGCACUGAUGGACUCUUACUUCACAGAAAGGUGUUACUCGGGCGCCGGGCCCUCAAUCUCGAUGGCGCACAUAGUAAGGGUACAUGAUAUUGGUUAUUUACCAGCUAAUAACGAGUGA